CGCUGGUUACCUAUCGGGCUUUCCUCGUCUAUCAGCGUGUGCGAGUAUACGACACAUGUCUAUACAUUGGACCAACUUCAUUGCAUACUGACUGGAACAUUGUUUGGCACAUAGCUUGCUGCUAGCUAUACACUUAAAUAUCUUAAUAGCUAGUUAGCUACGUUGCGAAGGUUUAUCUCCAGAGUGAUUUGUGUGUGCAAUAUGGGAAAAAGAAGCCGGAACCGACAGAAAAAUCAACAAGAUAGAAAUGGAAAGCCAGAUGGAAGGACCAGAGAUAAUGCUGGAUGGGGUGCAGGCUACUCUGAAAUCAUCAAGGAAAACAAGCUGUUUGAACACUACUACCAAGAGUUGAAGAUCGUACCAGAGGGGGAAUUUGAGCAGUUCAUGGAGGCCAUGAGGGAGCCCCUGCCAGCCACUAUCAGAAUAACAGGGUACAAAAGCCAUGCCAAAGAGAUCCUCCAUUGCUUAAAGGAGAAGUACUUUAAAGAGAUUCAAGACCUUGAGAUCGAUGGCCAAAAGAUCGAGGCCCCACAAGCCCUGAGUUGGUAUCCAGAUGAGCUGGCGUGGCACACCAACAUGAGCAGGAAGAUCCUGAGGAAGUCUCCGCUGCUGGAGAAGUUCCACCAGUUCCUGGUCAGCGAAACAGAAUCGGGGAACAUCAGCCGACAAGAAGCCGUCAGUAUGAUCCCUCCUCUCCUCCUGAAGAUAGAGUCUCAUCACAAGAUUCUGGACAUGUGUGCAGCUCCGGGGUCCAAGACUGCACAGCUGAUUGAGAUGCUGCACUCUGACAUGGACGUACCCUUUCCAGAGGGCUUCGUCAUCGCUAACGACGUGGACAACAAGCGCUGCUACCUCCUGGUCCACCAGGCCAAGAGGCUGAACAGCCCGUGCAUCAUGGUGGUCAACCACGACGCCUCCAGCAUCCCCAACCUACUGGUGGACUCUAACGGCAAGAGGGAAGUCCUGCUCUAUGACAGAAUACUCUGCGACGUCCCCUGCAGCGGAGACGGGACGAUGAGGAAGAACAUUGACGUGUGGAAGAAGUGGUCAACCAGCAACAGCUUGCAGCUGCACGGCCUGCAGCUGAGGAUCGCAGUGCGGGGGGUGGAGCAGCUGGCCGUGGGGGGAAGGAUGGUGUACUCCACCUGUUCGCUCAACCCCAUCGAGGACGAGGCCGUGAUCGCCUCUCUGCUGGAGAAGAGUGAAGGUGCCUUAGAGCUUGCAGAUGCCUCAGAUGAUCUGCCAGGGUUGAAGCGGAUGCCCGGGAUGACAAACUGGAAGCUUAUGACUAAAGGUGGGGAGUGGUACACAGACUGGUCAGAGGUGCCAAAGAAUCUGCACACACAAAUCCGGCCCACAAUGUUCCCUCCCACCGACCCGGACAAGCUCAAAAGCCUGAAGCUGGAGAGAUGCAUGAGGAUACUACCGCACCACCAGAACACCGGCGGGUUCUUCGUGGCCGUGCUGGUGAAGAAGGCGCCCAUGCCCUGGAACCGGCGGUUUCCUAAGAUCCGUCACAGGGAAGCGGAAGCCCCGCCCCCCUGCCCCACCCCCCCGGCCGAGGAGCCCCUCCCCGCCGCGGCCCCCGGCGCCAAGCCAGAGGAGGAAGGAGAGGCGGCGGCCGAGGACACGCCCCCGGGGCCCGAGCCGGGCGACCCCGCGCAGGAGACCGCCCCCACUGCCAAAGCCGCGGUGUGCGGGCCUCCGCCAUCAAAGAAGAUGAAGCUGUUCGGCUUCAAAGAAGAUCCCUUUGUGUUCCUGACUGAGGACGACCCGGUGUUCCCUCCCAUCCAAGCCUUUUACAACCUGUCCCCGGCGUUUCCGAAGCUGAACGUGCUCACCAGGACCCACGAGGGGAAGAAGAGGCAUCUGUACAUGGUCUCCAAGGAGCUGCGCAACGUCCUGCUCAACAACAGCGAGCGCAUGAAGGUGAUAAACACAGGCGUGAAGGUGUGGUCUCGGAACAACGACGGGGAGCAGUUUGGCUGUGCCUUCAGGCUCGCCCAGGAGGGCAUAUACACCCUCUCCCCUUACAUCAACGCCCGCAUCAUCAGCGUGAGCGUGGAGGACGUGAAGGUCCUGCUGACGCAGGAGAACCCCUACCUCAGCAAGCUGGGGAGCGACGCCAACGCUCAGGCCAAGCAGCUGGCGAUGGGCAGCAUCGUUCUGAAGUACAAACCAGACCCACAGCACGCCGACGCCCCGCAGUGCCCCAUCGAGCUGUGCGGCUGGCGAGGGAAGACCUCCAUCCGGGCCUUCGUGCCGCGGAACGAGCGCUUCCACUACCUGCGCAUGGUGGGGGUGGAGGUGUUCCGGGAGAAGCAGGGCCGGAGGGACGACCAGGCCCGCGAGGCCCCGGCGGACGGGGACCCCGAGGCCACGCUCACGGAGGACCCCGAGGCCACGCCCACUGAGGACCCCGGGAAGGCGGAGCCAGAGGCGGACGGAGAGGCCGAGGGCGACCUGCCGUCGGACGGGGAGGCGGACGAGAACAACGGCUCCGCCCCCGGGCGCGACGCCACGGAAACCGACGAAGCGAAGGGCUCCUGAGCCCCAUCGACCGGCGGGAGGAAGGAUAGCCACGGAGGAGGCGGAGCUGAACGGGGGCGUGGCGCGGGCCAAUCAGAGAGAGGGUGGGCGGUGAGCGGCAGGCAGACCUUAGUCUAGGCUACGGCCAGUACAGAUACCGCAGCUUUUCUACUGAGCAACGGGGUGCCUGCAGAUUCAACCACGCCAGCCAGUUCGCCGCUGCGUGUGCAGUCGGCUCCAAAAUAAAUGCUGUUCUUUUAUUUUAUUUUAUUUUAUACAUGCGUUUUUCGUACGUCCUUAACCCUCCUGUGUUUGAAUUGCAAUAUGUUGCCCAGUUAAAUGUAGUAUUGGCGUCAAUCUAAUUUUUCUUUUUAAAUAAAAUACGAUUACUGAAAGCUGUUGCCAUAGGCUUGAAAAUAAAGUAGGCAUUUUGUUCAUGUUUUUACAGUCAUUUGUUAAGUGGGAACUCCAGCUAAAAGGUGUAAUCUGACACAUUCUAUCCUACCCUCUGAAUAAUUUGUGUUGCCUGUUUUGCGUCAAAACCAAAUCUUUGAUUUGUAUAUGCAGAAGACCGUUACAAGUGUUGAUGUUUUUGGGAUAUAGCUCCCAUUCCUCUCCUGUCCUCUCCUCUCCUCGCCUCUUAAGUUCCCUAAUCACAAUAUCUAAGACAUGACUGAAGCUUUGGAGUUAUCUGAACAGCAGGCCUGCAGGCAUUGUCCCGGAGUGCCAUUGUUUGGGCCCCCCCCCCAAAUUAUGGGUGUUACGUAAUGCCUCGAGUUCCCCUUAAAGGUAAAUUUCUUCAAGGUUUUUAUGAAUACCUUGUAAAUGCAGAAUGUAUGGUAUUUCCUGUUGCACGACAAUGCAAUGUUAAUAUAAAUACUAGUUUUCUCUUGUUUUACUUUACAAUAUUUCAAUUUCAGCAUUUGUUUUAGCAAAUUAAAAUGUUAAUAAAUGGAAUUCCUUUUAAAGCAUUGUUUGGAAUAUGCCCUUUGACAAAUGAAUAAUAAAAACAUCCUACAAAUUGA